CUUUAGGAGAUCGGAGGCGGACUGUGACCAUACCCUGUGCCCACUUGGCCAAAGCAGAGGCCAUGCUCCGGGCGCACGGCUCCCUCCUGCUGAAGCUGUGCCUGCUGGCACUGGUGGGUGUCGCUGCCUGUGCCUCCAAGGCGAUGGUUUGCCAAGUGAUCACGGUGCCCAUGUGUAGGGGGAUUGGCUACAACUUCACCUACAUGCCCAACCAGUUCAACCACGACAGCCAGGACGAGGCCGGCCUGGAGGUCCAUCAGUUCUGGCCCCUGGUGGAGAUCCAGUGCUCGCCCGACCUCCGGUUCUUCCUGUGCAGCGUCUACACCCCGAUCUGCCUGGCGGACUACAAGAAGCCCCUGCCACCGUGCCGCUCGGUCUGCGAGCGGGCUAAGGCCGGCUGCUCACCCCUCAUGAGGCAGUACGGGUUUGCCUGGCCCGAGCGGAUGAACUGCGACAAGCUGCCCGUCCUCGGAGACCCUCACAACCUGUGCAUGGACUACAAUCGGAGCGAGGCCACCACCCUGUCUCCCGCCUUCCGCAAGCCCACCCACGUGCCCGACAAGGACUUGAAGCCACCGUCCUGGCCCCGCCCUGGGCACCAGCCAAGGGAGUGCCGUGGCAAGUGCCGGUGCAAGGAGCCCCUGGUCCAGAUCUCCAAAGAGAGUCACCCGCUCUACAACAAGAUCAAGACCGGCCAAGUGCCCAACUGUGCCAUCCCAUGCUACGAGCCCUACUUCAGCGAGGAUGAGCGGACAUUUGCCACCUUCUGGAUCGGUCUGUGGUGCAUCUUGUGCUUCCUGUCCACCUUCACCACCGUCUGCACCUUCCUGAUCGACAUGGAGCGGUUCAAGUACCCGGAGAGGCCCAUCAUCUUCCUGUCGGCCUGCUACCUCUUCGUGUCAGUGGGCUACAUCGUGCGGCUGAUCGCCGGCCAUGCCAACGUGGCCUGCAACAAGGAGUACGACCACAUCCACUACGAGACCACCGGCCCUGCCCUGUGCACCCUCGUCUUCCUGCUCAUCUACUUCUUCGGGAUGGCCAGCUCCAUCUGGUGGGUCAUCCUGUCUUUCACCUGGUUCCUGGCAGCUGGCAUGAAGUGGGGCAAUGAGGCCAUCGCCGGCUAUUCCCAGUAUUUCCACAUGGGAGCCUGGCUGAUUCCCAGCAUCAAGUCCAUUGCCGUGCUGGCGCUGAGCUCCGUUGACGGAGACCCGGUGGCCGGCAUCUGCUACGUCGGCAACCAGAACCUGGACAACCUGCGGGGCUUCGUCCUAGCGCCUCUGGUGGUCUACCUCUUCACAGGCACCAUGUUCCUCCUGGCUGGCUUCGUGUCGCUGUUCCGGAUACGCAGCGUCAUCAAGCAAGGGGGCACCAAGACGGACAAGCUGGAGAAGCUGAUGAUCCGAAUCGGCAUCUUCACGGUGCUGUACACGGUGCCCGCCGCCAUCGUGGUGGCGUGCUUCAUCUACGAGGAGCACUACCGGGAACGCUGGGAGAGGGCACUCAGCUGCUCCUGCCCUGGAAACCAGCCACGACCACGGCCCGAGUAUGCCGUCUUCAUGCUGAAGUACUUCAUGUGCCUGGUGGUGGGCAUCACCUCUGGGGUCUGGAUCUGGUCCGGGAAGACUUUGGAGUCCUGGAAACGGUUUAGCAGUCGAUGUUGCCGGGCGAGGAAGCUGGCCAACGAAGCCGUGUACGGUGAGGCCAGUGCGGCUCUGACAGCGAGGACAGGAGUCGCUGGCUCUGCUUCCUACCACAAACAAGUGCCAAUGUCACAUGUUUAA